CCUCGUUCUGUUCCAGGAACUCUGCAUCCGCAUUCGCCGGGAGCUUGUGGUGGGACCUUAUUCAUCAACUGUACUCGUUGCCACUGGUUACCCUCGGGAUUGAGCCUUUCUCCACGAGCGAUAUAGUCGCGGAUCAGUCUGAGAAGAAACCCCGAACAGUGACACAUAAUCAAAAGAAGAACACCUUUAAGCAAACAUGAAUCACCCGCCUCAUACAGAGAAGAUAGCAUAUUCUGGACAAGAGGCGCCUCCGUCAUCAAAUCGGCCAGCAAUACCUCCCGCGCCCCCAACACAAACACUCAUCCUCAGCAACCCAUCUGCCCGCCUCUCCUCCAGUCCUGCAUCGUCUCCUCGACUGGUGGAGUCGCCUCCUGCACGGGCGAGAUCAAUACGCCCCGAGAUGAGUCAUCUCAUGCAACAAGGUGUUGCUCCUGGUGCUGAUUUCUUCGAGGAUUCUUCAGAAGACGAGGGAGCGGAAUGGGGCGACGAAAGUGAAACCUGGAAACUCUCGGACAUUGCGCAUACUCUGUACGGAGAAUCUCACAUCGCGGAAGCUGAGAAAUCGAACGCCACAAAAGAGGGACCGGAAAAUAGUGGACCAACGAAGGGUGUGCAACAGUCAAAUGACAAUCCAGAUUCUAAAGCAAUAAUCGCUACUAAGGAGCCCGCAUCUACAUCAGACCAAACAGGCACCGAAACAGCACGUCCAGUUUCACUACGUCGUCUGGGAAAGGGUUACGUCGUCCAUCAUCGUGCUCCCGAAGGCCGAAAUUCUGAAGUCGAUUUGGAUCCAAGGAUUCGAGGGCGACCUCGCCGUAACACAUCCGAGGGCGUUCUUGCCGACUCCAUUCUCAACGUACACGCUCUAACUCUGAAAGCUUUUGAAUCGCUGCCAUCCGAUGCUUCCAUCUCCCCAACGCGAAAGCGAACAAGCUCGUCUACCAACAAGACCGCAUCUCAUGCGACGCCAAAAGCUAUAUCCUUUUCUACGCACCGAAAUGCACAUCUCUCACCUAUUAAGACGCGCUCGGGGACAGAUGAGCGCACUGCCCAUCAUCAUUCGCACUACAUCAGGACACCUUAUCCUUCUGGUGAAGACAGCAGCUUCCUCCAGCGGACAAGUGAGAAUCGACGGUUUUCACGCGCAACUUACGACACCAAAAAGGGGAAGCAAGUCCUGGGAAUCCCAACAGAAGAUGGGAAGGAACCCGAUCUGAGGAGCAGAUUAGAGCGGAAUCAAGAUGCACAGGGGGUCGUCAGAACACAUGUCUCGAGUAACAAAACCACAUCCGCCCAGGCCACUAAUUCGAAGGUAUGGCUUACUUUGCAAAGGCCGCGCAAGAAUCCAUUUGGAAGCCAGGUGAGAGUCGAGGGAUUUUGUAUACCUGGAAACUUGACCAUCACAGUCAGCGAGAAAACAAGUCGUAUGGGUCGAAAGAAAAAUAAGAAGAGGGAAGGGACGCCAGCAGCUUAUAGUCAACACACCGAUUCAGGAACCUCUAUUGAUUUCGACGACAUGCUCUUGGCGCAGCGUCUUCGUCAAGCAUACAAGAACCUCGCCGGGCCCUGGGUCCUCCGCGUCUUUGGCGCCAGAAAGCUCACUGGGAUCCGUCUAGUCUACAUUGACAAGUGGAGCGGCGGUAGACUUGAUCUUGACCACAGUAGCUUUUGUAGCCCGGCGGGGAGACAACUCCUCGCAGCACGCGAUGGCAGUGGCUUGGACGGUACAGAGCUUGAGAUCUUCACCGAGAACAAACUCAUGGAGUUGUAUCGUGAUCCGAAGCGUGGGAAAGCGAGAUACACGUGGGUUCACUGGGCCCAACGACUUUCUUCACCUCCUUCUGCGCCUUGUUUCGAUGAUUCUUCUUCUCCAUCUUCAUCGUCAUCUUCUUCCUCCUCAUCAGGAGCGGAUACAGUGGAUGACGAAAACGAUAGUGACACAGUGGACUCGGAAAUCGAAAGUACCCAAAAGACUCCAGUCGAGCAAAUAGCUCAGAACAAACGGAACCAGAUUCCCUCCAACCCCACACAAAAUCAGCCUCCUCUUCCUCCUCCUUUCACUUCCCACCAAACAAAACGCAACAACAAGAACAAAGCCAAACCAAGACAAAAGAUGAAACCUAUACGAGUACCAUCGUGGACCCAGGACCCCGACUCCCUAAUAGCAAUCCAAUUCAUGCAAUCCCUCUCACCCCUGCGCAUCGCAUCCGCCAUCACGCUCAUCUUCAGUCUCAGCGCCGCAGCCGCGCUGCUCUACGUUUUCCUAGGAGGUAGUCCUUCUACUGCGGUUUCCAGCACCGUCAUGAAUGCGCCGUCUGCUUCUUCGAGUUCAACUUCACCUGCAGCAGUCUCUGGAGUUGGAGCUGGGGGCAAGGAUGGUCAUGCGAAUGUGAAUGGAACUUUGAUGAUGGUGUUGGGGUCUGAAGGGGCGGCGGUCACGAAGUUGGGGGGUACAUCUAUUAACGGUCGUGUGGGCGAUGGUCGUGCUGCGAAGAGUGAUGGUAGUGGUAGGGAGGGGAGGGUUGUUGGUGGUGUUGUGAUUGCUGGCGUUGGAGUCGUUGUGUUUGGGGGGUUGGGAGUUGGGUGGGUAGUCGCUAGUUGAUGAUGUUCUUUGGAGCUCUUGGUUAUUUGCUUUCUUUUCUGAAGGGAAGUUGAGCAUAUAUCGGUUACAGGGUGGAAAGUAGAACGAAGCUGGCCAUUUCUUAUGUUUGACUCUAUCCAUGCGUGAUUGUUUUUUGGCGUUACCUUACUUCGUGUCCUCUUUCCUUGGGCGACUUCUGAGAUAUGAGUGUUAGGUUCAUAUGACCAACUUGGCCGGUCAAAGGUAUACAACAAGCGGCUGAAGGAAUAUACGUAGAAUGUAU